GAUGAUGAUGAUGUUGAUGAUGAUGAUGAUGAUGAUGAUGUUGAUGGUGAUGAUGAUGAUGAUGCCGAUGAUGAUGAUGAUGAUGAUGAUGAUGAUAAUGAUGACGAUUCGGAUGAGGAUGAUGAUGAUGAUGAUGAUUCGAAUAAUAUUGAUGAUGCGGAUGAUGAUGAUGAUGAUCAUGAUCAUGAUCAUGAUGAUCAUGAUGAUUCGGCUGAUGAUGAUGAUGAUGAUGGUAAUGAUGAUGAUGAAAAUGAUGAUGAUGAUUAUGAUGGUGAUGAUGAUGAUGAUGCUGACGAAGAUGAUUCGGUUGAUGAUGAUGAUGAUGAUGAUGAUUUGGACGAGGAUGAUGAUUCGGAUGAUGAUGGUAAAUUGGUCAUCGCAACUCAACUCAACUCUGGUGUCUGAGUGA